AUGCCGUUUUCACCUUUCCAGGGCUUUGAUAAUCAAACUACGACUUCUCCUUCCUUCCAUGCUCGUUCUCUCAACAAUAGUAGCAGCAACACUACUAACCACAUCUCGAGAAACAGAAACCUUAGAAAGGAACCAAACACAGUGUCUGGAACAUCUUCCCGUCCAACUGAAGGCCUUCUCUACUUUCAAAUUCAUCAUCCAGUGUUAUUUUCCCGAGUGAUUGACCUUCUGAGUCAAUUUACGGAUUUGGUGCAUCUUCAAAUGAGCCCUCAGAAACUAAUCAUUCAUUCUGUUGAUACUACCAAAGUUGUUCUCUAUGAAUUAGCCUUACUUGAGGGUAAGGCUUUUUCCUAUUUGGAUUCCGCCCUUGCUUUUGGCUCUUACAAGAAACGCCCAAGCAUGGUAAUCUCUUCAAAGAAAGUUAUCAUUCCUUCCAUCUUUAAACAUGUACAAGAGGUUCGGGUUGGAGUGAAUUUGAAAAUUCUUGCUCAUACUCUAAAAGGUUUAAAAAACCAAGAUGAAUUAUUCGUGUUGAUCGACCAUUCCGAGGAAGUAAUGAUGAUGAAAGGAGCAUUUCAAGAGUCAAGCAUGGAAUUUAAAGAUCCAGAAAUUAAAAUCACAGUGAAAAAGAAGCAACCCGAUCGAGUGUUCACUUAUUCAAUGUCUCAAUUCAUUAUUAAUGAUCAUGAAUUGGAGACUUUUGAGAUUGAACAAUUCGAUAAUCAGGUACAAGUGGAGAUUCUCAUGUCCACAAAUUGUUUCUCGCAGAUCAUGCAAGAUUUAAGUCAAAUGAAGGGAGAACGUCUGAAACUUGAAAUAUAUUAUGAAAUUCCGUCUCCAUGUCAUGCCAUCUCCGGUAUGGUUCAAAACCUUGGAAACACUCUUCACGACUCUUUAAGGUUGUUCUUCAAAACUUCAAAAGAUUGUCUCGAAGCAACGAUUGAAAUUCAAAACUCUGCAAUUGGCACGGAGGAAGACAUUGUCAUUGGCUUCACAGAGUCUUAUUCGAAACAAUUACAAAGUGGAAUUGUGACAAACAAUACGAACAUAGAGAAUGAAAGUGGCAAUGAAACUUUGAAUCAAUUCGAAGGCUCCAAGAACCCUUACAAUGUCACCUCAACAAUUUCCAAUGAAUAUUCGUUCAGAAUUUUAUCCAUCCUGUCGAAAGCAAGCAAAAUAUCGGAUCAAAUGUUGUUGCAAAUUUGCGAGAAUGGACCCUUGGGUGUUCUGUAUGGAUUGGAGGAAGGUAUGGGUUCAUUUCAAUUCUUUGUGGCUCCUUAUUUGAAUGAUUGUUCAUCGGAUUCAGAUCAUGAAUGA